GGGUGCCUUCGGGCGGCGGGCGGGCUGCCCGCUCCGGACGCUGGGACCCGCGCCCUUGGCCCCCAGCCCCGGAGGCCGCGCUGAGCUUCGCGGAAGGGUCGGGGAAACGCUCCGGCUCAACGGAGGUGACAGGAGGAAGCCAGAACCUCGGGCAAAGUAAAUACUGCUGGGAAAUGUGGACCCCAGGCCGCAGAAGCAGAGUGGGACUUGUGUGACCUGCAUUCCUCCUGGGAAACGAAAGCAUGAAAAACACCCAUCCCUCAGUUUCUGCGCUGGUCCUUGCAGGAAGAAUCACUGAAUGGCUGACGUUUGACAACAUGCACCACCAGUGGCUUCUGUUGGCUGCAUGCUUUUGGGUGAUUUUCAUGUUCAUGGUGGCCAGCAAAUUCAUCACCUUGACCUUUAAAGACCCGGAUGCCUACAGCGCCAAACAGGAGUUCCUGUUCCUGACAGCCGUGCCGGAUUCUGGGAAGUUACAGGGAGAGCAGCAGUUUCCUGAGGAACUGAAGCCCACGGGGAAGAUGCUCUCAGACGGCCAGCUGGCUCAGCCCUUGGUCUACAUGGAGCGCCUGGAGCUCAUCCGAAACGUCUGCAGGGACGCGGCCCUGAAGAACCUCUCACACACGGCCGUGUCCAAGUUCGUCCUGGACCGAAUAUUCGUCUGUGACAAGCACAAGAUCCUCUUCUGCCAGACCCCCAAAGUGGGCAACACGCAGUGGAAGAAAGUGCUGAUCGUGCUCAACGGUGCCUUUCCUUCCAUCGAAGACAUCCCCGAGAACGUGGUUCAUGACCACGAAAAGAACGGCCUCCCUCGUCUCUCUGCCUUCAGCGAUGCGGAAAUUCAGAAGCGCUUGAAAACCUACUUCAAGUUUUUUAUUGUAAGAGAUCCCUUUGAAAGACUGAUAUCUGCUUUUAAGGACAAGUUCGUCCACAAUCCCCGCUUUGAACCCUGGUACAGACACGAGAUUGCCCCCGGCAUCAUCCGGAAGUACAGGCGGAACCGGACGGAGACCCGGGGCAUCCAGUUUGAAGAUUUUGUGCGCUACCUGGGCGAUCCAAACCACAGAUGGCUGGACCUCCAGUUUGGGGACCACAUCAUUCACUGGGUGACGUACGUCGAGCUGUGCGCGCCCUGCGAGAUAUCAUACAGUGUGAUUGGUCACCACGAGACCCUGGAGGACGACGCCCCAUACAUCUUAAAAGAGGCGGGCAUAGACCACCUGGUGUCAUACCCCACCAUCCCUCCGGGCAUCACCGUGUACAACAAAACCAAGGUGGAGCACUACUUCCUGGGCAUCAGCAAGCGGGACAUCCGGCGCCUGUAUGCCCGUUUUGAAGGGGACUUUAAGCUCUUUGGGUAUCAGAAGCCAGAUUUUUUGCUAAACUAAUGUGUAGAUCUGUGAACUCCGAUACCUCUGUUUGACCAGAGGCUAAGCAAGUGGAGAUCUGAGCACAGAACGGACACUUCCUCCAUCUCACCCCCCAAGACUCCUGCGGGCACCCACGGGCCGUGUGCACCUCGGCCGGUGAAGCUGCACCCGACGGUUCUGGCUUAGUGUGAACAUCAGGUGCGUUGAGGGCCUCGCCCCCACGCCUACCAAUGCCAUGAGGCCUUUGGUCCCCAGAAGGGUAAAAGGACUAAACAUUUGCAGUCUGACAGACCAGGAGGAGCAGUUACAUGGCACAGGCGUCAUUUCCCUCGGCUGUCAAGGAGGGGAAGGGCCUGCCUGUCACCCGGGGACGGCAGGAAGGGCACCUCGCGCUUUCAGGAGACCUGAGGAGCUGAUGGUGUGCAGAACUGGCAGGAGCUAAUGCAAGACCAAGUCUGCAUAAUAAAAUGACAGCGCUGGCUCUCAUCUUGGCGCUGCUGUAAUCACAGAGGUGAACCAUUCUUUCCACGACUGUCGCCUUCCUGUGGGAUUCGGGGUGACCCUAGGGCACUUUUUGGCAGUCCGUCCUUUCAGAAUACACGCCUGAGCACCCCUAGUCCAUAUUUCCGAUCCUCUGUCUGCCAGGUGGUUAUCUCACUGAGCCCAAGAGCUACAUAUUCAGAAAAAGGGGAGUGGCGUGUUCUUCCCACCUGAGAAGCGAACGUCUUUGGGAAAAGGAAGAGCUGGCGGGUUCUGGAGCUCAGGCUGCUGUGGAUGUGGGCGUGCCCGUCCUGCUGGUUGUCCCUCUCUUGUCUUUGUUCCACCUGGAUGGGCAGCGGGGCUUCCCUUUCCGUCCCCCCAGGCCCUCCCUGGGGCUGAAGGCCAGCAGGGCAGCGUGGCAGUCCGUGUAGUUUACAUGGUCCAGUUUCAUCUCGGCCAAUUGCUCCCCUGGACCUGUUUUGUUAGUGCCGUCACCCCGCGCUGUAAGUUGGAUGACGAGGUUCACCAGCAAUAAAAUCCUGGGCUGAGGCAGCCUCCAGGAAUGCAUCUCCCAGGCACCGAGGAGCGAGCUGCGGCCGCCAUGUCAGGUGCCUGCUGACACCGAGGCCCGUUUCCCUGUGAGAAGUCCCACGUGCCGUGAGCCCAGCUUUUCUUCCAGGCAGCUUCCCCCUUCCCUUUCUCAAAGGGGCUGCCUGAGUCUGUGAAUGUGAAAGUAAUAAAUAAAAACUGUCCAAACCCGAUACGUGCUGCACUUUGAGGGGGCUCUCUGUGGCCCCACACGGUCCCCGCGGCCUGGCCCCAGCGACGGGCCUGCAAGACUGCUCUAGUGGCUGCUGGUGGCAGGACCACAGAAGGAGAGGCCCAAGUGUGACAGGCCCUAGCACUGACCAAGGGGCGUCGGUGUGGUGGCCUGUCAUCAGCUGACAAGCAGGGGAUGUCACAUGAGCUUUUUCUGUAAAGUCUUGUGAAAAUCAUUUCACACCUGAUCAGCCAAUUGAUUACCUCUUUCCUAUUUGCAAUGUAACAGUGUGAAUAAUACAUUUGAGUCUAAGGCCUUAAAGUUACAACUAAUUUUUAAAAAACACCUUCCUUCUCAGAAAUAAAGGUCAGAAAGCUGCGUCCCCAUGUGUCCCCAAUCCUCUGGCUUUUAGAUUUAGGUCACUUUUCUUUGGCAUUUCAGUCGUUUUCCUAACAGAUUUUGCCCAACAAACAGGGUUGGCCGCCAGAACAUCUGGACAUUUCACAGGAUGUCCCAAACGUCCAUUCCUCACCACCACCCCAUGCGCUGUAGCUCCUGACUCCACACAGCUCCCCACUGCAGUCACCUCCACCAGAAUCAUUCGCUCCCUUCCCUCUCCAAAGCCCACUUUCUCCCCUUCACCCCCUGGACCUCAGGGGGAGGUGCCCGUUCUCCUGUCACCCGGACCCUUUCCCCCUCACUGCUUCCCAGAGGGAGCUUUGAGGAUGCAGCCUGGAGCCAACACUCAACACUGCUGGUCCUUCCUGGAAACAGACACCGCCUGUGCUGGGUCCUCCCUCACCUGGCAGGUGUCACCUGGGCAGCUGUCUCAACCUGUGCCCAUGCUGCUCCAGGAGCCCUGUGUCCUCAGCCCUGGGCCUUUGCGACUGACCCUAGACCUGCCAAGGGGUAGGCUGGAGGGUCCCUACAAGGAGGGGCACUAAGGUGGGUGUGGGGCUGGGGUGCCCCCAAGGCACAGUGCUCACAGCUCAUUCCCUUCCCAGGUAAGGGGAUGGGUAGCAGCAGGAGACGGUGGCUGGUGGGAAAUGUCAGGGUGAGAACCCAGUGGAUGGAGGGUCAUCCUGUACACCAAAGGUUGCGGCUCUGAUUCCUGGUCGGGGUGCAUGUGGGAGGCGGCUGAUCGAUGUUUCUCUCAUCUUCAUUUAGGCUUUCUUUGUGUCCAAUGGCCUGAAGUCUCAGAGUGUAAUAAUAAAAAUUUUACUCAA